AAUCUCGGGUGGAAGCUCUGAAAUUAUGUUCCUCCCAAGUUCCAAUCUUCUAGCAGCUUCUGUGCUCCUUCUUCUCCACCACCAUCUUCUUCUUCCGAAUUUACAAUUCCACAAAAACCAAACUCCGAUUACUGUAAAAUCGCUUUAAACCCCAAGGCUACUGCGGAGGUGGCGUGAGUCUGAAUUUAUGCAAAUAAGCUGCGAAAAGUCUAUACUACCCUCCAGUUAAAAGGAAACCCUAAAAAUCAAUUCAUGCAAUUCUCCUCGACUUCAUUUGGCUGCGAACGCCGGCGACAACGGUUUCGACCACUACUUCGUCCCCCCCCAUUUUUUGGCUUUAGGAGAAAUUUUCUGGGGGAGAAGAAGAAUUAAGAAGCCAUGCCGAAGAGAACGACGCAUACAUACUCGAGCGAGGAUGCUGCACCAGAUGGACCAGAUUCUGAUCUCUUUGUUUACUACUGUAAGCAUUGUGGAUCGCAUGUCUUAAUCACUGAUACUCAAUUGCAGAAGAUGCCAAAAAGGAAGACUGACAAAGCUUUUGUGUUGGACAAGAAGAAACAUCUUGCAAGGUUAAAUAUCAACGAGGCAGGGAAAAUUCUAUUGAAAAGGGGUGAAGGGAAACUUGAAAGGCAAUACCGCAUGAACUGUAUAGGCUGUGGACUCUUUGUGUGUUAUCGCUCAGAGGAAGAUUUGGAAUUUGCUUCUUUCAUAUAUGUUGUUGAUGGUGCACUUAGUACAGUGGCUGCUGAAACCAACCCACAGGAUGCUCCUGUGCCACCCUGUAUAUCUCAACUUGAAGGUGGACUUGUCCAAGUGGCCAUAGAAGUUGAAGAUCGAGCACAGCGCUCAGCAAUCACAAGAGUAAAUGCCGAUGAUGUACGUGUCGCUGUUGCUGCGCCUGCAGCACGUGGAGAAGCCAACAACGAGCUUUUGGAGUUCAUGGGAAAAGUAUUGGGACUGAGGCUUAGCCAAAUGACUCUCCAACGGGGAUGGAAUAACAAAUCAAAGCUUCUUGUGGUUGAGGAUUUGUCUGCGAGACAGGUGUAUGAAAAGCUUCUCGAGGCUGUGCAACCUUGAUGACCGAUGACACUGUCUAAAAGAUGCAGUUUUUUCUUUUCGUGACACCUUUUAUGCUAAGUGACCGAUAGUAAUCUUAGUUUUAUAUUAAUGUUUUUAAUUACGAAUUUGUGCUAAGUGUAUGCAAACCUGGAUUUAAGGUGAAUUGGCAUUUCUAUUAGAUUUGAGUAUAAUAAAAAAGAAAAUUGCAUAGUAUGACAAAAACAUUUUUUUAAAAA